CCCGCCGCCGCCGCCGCCGCCGGGCUUCCUUCCUUCCAGCUGCCCCCCCGCCGAUCCCUGCCCCUCUUCCCUCCGCCACCCCCCUUCCAGUGCAGCCGAGGCGGCCUCCUUGCAUCCCCCGCGCUCUCUCGCUCGCUCUUCCCGCAGUGUAAAGCCCAGAAAAAAUGAAGAGGCGCAGCCCGGCUGCCCGCGGCGGGGGAUGAGCUUGAUGGGGGAGAAAAUGACCGAAGAAACCCACCCAGACGAUGACAGCUAUAUUGUGAGAGUCAAAGCUGUGGUUAUGACCCGAGAUGACUCCAGUGGAGGAUGGUUACCCCAAGAAGGAGGCGGUGUUAGUAGAGUUGGUGUCUGCAAGGUCAUGUGCCCAGAGGGCAAUGGAAGAAGUGGGUUUUUGAUCCAUGGAGAACGGCAGAAAGACAAACUGGUGGUGCUGGAAUGCUACGUGAAGAAAGACUUGGUCUACACUAAGGCAAAUCCUACAUUUCACCACUGGAAAGUUGACAAUAGAAAAUUUGGGCUCAGUUUUCUAAGCCCUGCUGAUGCACGAGCAUUUGACAGAGGUGUGAGGAAAGCCAUUGAGGAUCUCAUGGAAGGAUCUACGACUUCAUCCUCAACAAUCCACAAUGAGACUGAAGUUGGAGAUGACGAUGUCUUUACGAAUGCUACAGAUAGCUCUUCUAAUUCUUCUCAAAAGAGAGAGCAGCCUUUGCGAACCCUAGCAUCACCUCCCUCCUGUGAGCAUCACAGAAUUUGCACCCGGGGUCACAUUCAUGACCAGUUUAGCCCUGACCACUAUCAUCUAGAACAGUCCAUACAUCGCUCCUGUCGGCAUGUCAGCUUCCCAGAUGAUGACGAGGAAAUUGUACGGAUUAAUCCACGGGAAAAGAUCUGGAUGACAGGUUAUGAGGACUACCGCCACACCCCUAUGCAGGGAAAGUACGUUGAUUCGGAUGACGGGGACUCAUAUGUGCGGUUUGCCAAAACUGAGCCCUCAAAACACGAUUACAAUUAUCCCUACAUAGGCAACUCUGACUUUGAUCCAGGCGAAGACAUCAAGGGUGCUGUGAUAAAGACUCAGCCCGCCAGGUGCAAAACACGGCGGCGGAAAGAAGAUGGGGAGAGAUCCCGGUGUGUUUAUUGCAGGGACAUAUUCAAUCACGAGGAGAACAGGCGGGGCCAGUGCCAGGAUGCUCCGGACAGGGUCAGAAGCUGCAUCCACCGAGUCAGCUGCAUGUGGUGCGCGGACAGUAUGCUCUAUCACUGCAUGUCUGAUCCAGAAGGAGACUACACAGACCCUUGUUCUUGUGACACCAGUGACGAAAAGUUCUGCCUCCGGUGGUUGACCCUUAUUGCCUUGUCCUUCAUUGCCCCUUGUAUGUGCUGUUACCUGCCCCUCCGGGCUUGUUAUCACUGUGGGGUCCUGUGCAGGUGCUGCGGUGGGAAACACAAGGCAGCCGGAUGACAGCCCUCGGUGCUUGUGAAAUACUUUACGUGUUCCCUUUCGCGACGAAGCAUCUUGAUCCUAGUAUUCGCCGAUCUUACGAACAUCUAGACACAGCCCAGGGAGCCUGACGGAAUCCAGAGACCAGCCGGCUCAUGAGUUUUCCUCCCACUCGGCUGCUAUGCAUCGAUUGCUCACUGAGUUCUUCUAACAGACUAAUGUGCAGCAUAAACGUUUGUAGGAUUGUUCUGUAAUAUUAAUGAAAGGAAUGUCUUGUACAUGGUUAUUCCUUCCCUCCCCUGAAAGGAAAUCAAGACGUGAUGGUAGAGCAUGGUGAACUUCCAAACAUCUCAUGGUUUAAUCUGUAUUUUGCAAGUUGUCGGCACAUGUGGAAGUCUGGUAUAAUGGAAUGAAAUCCCACUUUAAAGUCUGUUUGACUUCCAGCCUGUGUGCGUGUGUUUGUGUGUGUGUGUUUGUGUGUGUAUGCGCGCAUGUGUAAGAAGGGUGUGCUACUAACAAGUAUGCACCACAAUGAUACAGUAUUGCUGACAAUCUUUAUUGAAUUCUUGCCAACUGCAUUUAUUUUGACAGUGGCUUGAAAUGAUUUCUCUGAUCUUCAUGCAUUUAAAUGAAAAGUGGGAAAUGAGCCUUAGUAUCACCUCUAUUUCAUAAUAGGAAAACUCAAGUUUCAGACCAAUUUUACAUAUGAAAGGGAAACUUUUAAGUGUCUUCUCUUCCACCCUAAUCUUUUUCCUCCAAAUAACAUUGGGAAAUAAAGCUUUAGUGUUGACUUUC